AUGGCGCUCAUCCAAACCAGCCUGAUCUGGGUCGCCUACGCCGUCGCCAUCGCCGUGCUCUUUGUCAUCGCCGCCGUCUUCGUCUACAUGUACCAGACGCCGCGCGACCGCUCCGCCUCGGUCACCAUCGUGUGCAUCUUCACCACCCUCUCGCUGCUCGCGACGGUGCUGCUCAUCCCCGUCGACGUCGCCCUCGUCUCGUCGACGUCGCGCUCCAGCCUGGGCUGCAAGAAGGACUGGGCCACGCCCGCAAAGGUCGACGCCAUCGUGCACAGCCUGACGGCCAUCUACUACGCCCUCUACACGCUCGAUGCCGUCCUCUGCCUGCUCGUCGUGCCCUUUACCUACUUCUGGCACGAGGAGUACGACGAGGACGCGGCCGAGCACGGAGAGCAGUCGGCCGGACAGCGCUUCGGGGGCGCCCUGAAGUGGACCCUCGCCUUCCUCUUCUUCGUCAUCGCCAUCUUCCUGACUGGCUUCUUCGUCCCCUUCGCGAAGCAGGCCAAGGACGACAAGCGCCUCGACCUCGACUUCUUCAAGCAUCUCUUGGCAGAGAACCAUGGCGAACGAGCUCUCUCCUUCUGCCUUGGCCUCCUCAUCACCAUCGGGACCGUCCUGUUCGUCCUCUACACGGGCGCGGGAAUGGCCCUGCUCCCGGUCGCCAUGAUCAAGUCUGCGCCCUCCAUCUCGGCCCCCACGCUAGCCGCCAACACCGCGUCGCAGCUCGAGCACAACCGCGAGCGCCAGAGGCAGCUUGAAGGCCGCAGCGAGGGCCGAGAGGGUGGACUCGAUGCUAGGGACAGGCGUGAACUCGAGGCUCUCAACCGGGAAGAACGCACCCUCAUCCGCCGCGAACGUCUUGUCGCCGAGUCCAGCGGAGAGGACCGCCAUUGGGUCGUCAAGACCUGGAUUAAGAUCGAGGCCAUCUUCCGCCCGCUCAAGCUCAUCGGCGGGCUCCUCCUGAUGGUUUUCGCCUUGGUCAUCUUCGCCAGCAUGCUCAUCACCGCCAUUGACAAGGCCAAGAACUCCAUCUGCGGAGCUCACUGCGGCUACAUUCUCGGCCACAUUAACAUCUUCCAACCAUUGAACUGGGUCCUCGUCAGGUCUUCCAAGGUUUUCCCAAUCGACUACAUCCUGUUCUUGCUCCUUGUCAUCUUCCUCUUCUCCGCCUCUGUUGUUGGCAUUGCGACCGCCGGUAUCCGCUUCCUCUGGAUCACCAUCUGGAAGAUCCGCAAGGGCAAAUCCUCUCCCCAGGCCCUCCUCAUGGCUACCGUCCUCCUCACCCUCAUCGUCCUUGCAAUCAACUACUCCGUCGCCAUGGUUGUAGCUCCCCAAUACGCCACUUGGGGUCCUCAAACAUACUGCGACCUUCCUGUCAACGAGCUAGGCGCCGUGCCCGAUUGCUCCGAGCACAAGGACGCCGUCAGAUCUUGCACUGAACUCGCCAAGAACCCUGCCGCUAAGGAUGUCUGCACCCCCAGUGUUCUCAGUACUUUCAUCAACCGCAUCACCAUCAACUUCCCCUUCUUCGGUGUCGUGCUCUUCUGGGCGCAAUUCGCCUUCUUGGGCGUGUACAUUGUCGUGUUCGUCACUACCCUGUUCAAGACACCCAAAUUGGACCAGGAACAGCUUGAUCGCGACUUGGAGGAGGAAGAGGAGGAGGGUCUGCUGGCAAGCACGGGCCGUAGGUUCAACGCUACUUGGCAGGACAUUACGGGCCGCUCUAAGAGGACGUAUGGCACUACUGAUGCGAGGAACGGAGAGCGUAGUGGUGAAAGUCAUUACUAG